UUCUCACGACGGCAGACGGCCUGCGUCCGCGGGGACUGUCAAUAUGAAUGAUGUCCUCCCCGGUCCCUCCUCUUCUAAGCAGCUGUUUCAACAAUGCCCCUCCCUCAGGCUCAGGACCCAGCCACUUCGCCACUGUCCCUCAUCCGCCGGUCUCGUCCAGAGUACAUUCGUUUACAGCCAAACAUCUCCACACAGUUCAACUUCGGCUCCUUUCGCAACGACUACCUCUCGCCCGACAUCGCCGCAUCCAACCUACGCUGUACGAAGUCCGACGGCAGAGGCCAUUGUGUUGUGCGCUCCGAGGACUACGGCUAUGGUCACCAGAGCACCUUCCUCAACCUGAACGAUAUGUUGGUCCCUCCGCCAUCCAUCACUCAGCAGGAGUUCCUUCGGAACACGGCUACUUGCCAGUUCCUCCAUUCCGCUGAGCCCGUCGCGUCAAUAUGUGGCCAUCAUCGCCGCGCGUCUUCUGGGUCACGGGAGCACCCUGGCAUGGGGAGUAUCUCCGGAUGGAGCAGUGGCGCGAGCAGCGCGUGCGCGAACCCAUACCUGUCGCCGUCGGCUAGCCCGCGACCUGGGUACAGGCUGUUACCGGACAUGGGCGGUAUGCCCGUGAACGUCAGCAUGACCGCCAUCAUGCACCGCACGCCGUCGAGGAUGAUGAUGACCACAGAUAUGACUAUGGACGGCGGCAUGGGCUCGAUGUCGAUGGACACGAACAGCGUGCCCGUGCACAUCGCGAAGGUGAAUGUGACGGCGCCGAGUACCGCGGAUGCGAGCCAGAAGCGGAGGAAGCAGCCGGCGAACUUUGUGUGUCCCGUCCCAGGGUGCGGAAGCACAUUCACGCGGCACUCAAUCUGAAGGGCAGCCUGAGCCCAGUGUAACGUGCUGUGUGCUAGGCAUAUUGCUUGAGUAGUACGUCCGCAAGAGACGGCGACUCGGAUGUACUAAUUGAUCUCGGAGUACAACACCGUCAA